AUGCUUCACGAGCGUAGUCUGCAAAAUGACGAAUCUCCGAAGCCAGCAUCUUGCAGGAACUUCGGCGUGCUUCUUUCGCCGUUGCAGGACGGCCGCACGGAUCACGGGUAUGCACAAAGGCUCUCGGCAGGAGUGCCCCCGAGCUCAGGCAGCCUGACAUACUUCAUCAGCCACAACUGGUCAACGCGACGAGUUGAGAAGUUUUUGGCGUUGGCACUGUACUUCAACGGCCCCGCUGCCAUCGUCACCAGCGUGUGUUCGCAACUGGCAAUGUUCAGUUUGGUUCUGGCUGGCGUGGUUCCCCGAGUCACAACAAGCAGGGCCGAAAAUGUGUGUGUUUGGUGCACCCUGGUCGGAGCGGCCACGUUCUGGAUUGUCCUCCUCCUGUGGCAUGAGAUGGAUGCUCGUCUACAGUGUCGCAGGCUCAGGGUCUUCUUCGACAAGGUAUGUAUCAACCAGAGCGACACCGUCGCGAAGCAGGAGGGCAUCCGGAAUAUCACGGCAUACCUGCGGCAGUCGGAAGCCUUGCUGGUCCUGCUCUCCGAUGUCUACCUGGACAAGAUUUGGACAGUCUUCGAACUCACAGCGUUCAUGGCAUUGAAGCCAGAUGCCGCAGUCAUUGUGCAGCCACUUCGCUUGGCGACGAUCGUCGCAUGCUUGAUGGGGCUGAUGGUCUGGGCGAAGACCAUGGAAGGAGUCUCAGGAGGAACGAUUUACGACCACCUGGUCGCAAGACGCGGUCCUUCCAUUCUGGUUGUAGCAACCGUCUUCGGAACCACAGCUGUGCUGCGCUGUUGGGGGAGGGCCUUCGUCCAGCUGGAGAAGCAGCUCAAUACCUUCAGCUUUGACACUGCCCAGUGCCUCCAUCCAAAAGACCGGGAGAUGAUCCGCGAGGCCUGUUUUCAGAUCGCCCGUGGCGCGUUGGGACCUUCAGCGACACUUCAGGAAUCCUGUGAAUGCGUGGAGCUGCACGCCCGGGUGGUCGUGCCCCGGGCCAUGCGUCGGGCGAUCUCACCGACGCUGAUACCAUGGAGGUACGCGCUCAUUCUCUACCUCGUUGCCUUUUCCAGGAUUCUGGAUAGUCUUUGCUCUGCCAUGCCGACUUUGCAGGAAGCCGAAAUCAUGCUCGCCCUGGAGACUGCCCUGGAGGUGGUUGUCGAAAGCCUGGCCUCGCUGGUGAGCCUGGCCAUCGUUGGCUACUUCAUCUGCUACACCCCGACAUCUCCGCUGCGGGAGUUGGUUCGCCUUGUGGUAUUGACCGCAGUGUCAUUGCCCCUCGGCAUCGAGAGUCGGCUUGGUGAAUCGCGUGUCGAAGUACGAAAG